AUGUCAUCUCAGUCCGAUGGUCUAGGACAGUUGCUCGAUUAUGCGGGGGUGGGGCUAAGGCAAAAGGAAGCCGAGGUGAGUAGAUUUCUUGGUGCGGUGGAGUCCGCUAAGGGCGAGAAGGAGAAAGAACAAACCGAGCAGAUUGUGGAUGGGCUCAAGCUAGAGGUCGAGUCUUUAAAAUCUGUUUUAAAGGCUAACAAGAAGACCAUAAAGGACCUUCAAGCUGGGUGCGUUGAUAAUUACGUCGAUGGUCAUGGAGAACUACGGGAACAAGCUACCAAGAAGACCUCUGCCGCGUCUUUUCCUAAGGCUUCGUCGAGAAUUGAGGUUCCAACUGAGCCUCUUCUUAAUGCCCUGUUAAACCUUGCCAAACAUGAAGGACUUGAGAUAGACUCUGGUGGACAGUCCUAG